UUGUUAUUUCAGACGUAGUUUAGAAAGUGAUCUGUUUUUUAUCCAUCUGAGCCUCGAUAGCCUGGCACUGUUGCGUAAAAACUGGGGGGCUGGUUGAAUGUUUACUCGAGUCAGGAUUGUCAGGGAUCUCGUUGGAUGCAACUGCCAACACGAUUCGACGUAUUGUAAAAAGCAUGCUCCGCUAGAACUGUAGUAACAAUUGAAUAACUACGAAAAAAUUUAAUAUGACCACAAAUUAUGAAUACGAGUACCAGAUAUGCGAAGACAUGGAUCAAAUAGGAGAGCCAUCACAGAAUAAAAACCUGGAAGGUUUUGGCUACCUUUUAACAGCAACGGAAGUGUUUGGAGUAUUACUUAUAAUAUUGGUAAUUGUAUGGACAACCUGUUACCGAGAUGGUUUCGCAUGGAGCUCUUAUCCAAAGCAGCAGUUCAACUGGCAUCCAUUAUUAAUGACAAUUGGAUUGGUUUUCCUUUAUGCUAAUGCAAUGUUGAUAUACAGAUCACAGCGGACCGUCAGGAAACGGCGUUUGAAGUUACUUCAUGCAGGAAUGAUGAUUUUUUCUUUGCUACUGACCAUUAUUGCUUUAGUCGCAGUAUUUGACAGUCACAAUUUAAACAAGCCUGAGCCGAUCCCCAACAUGUACUCUCUACAUAGCUGGGUGGGAUUGACGAGUGUUAUUCUUUUCUGCUGUCAGUGGGUAGCCGGCUGCGUGUCUUUUCUGUAUCCUGGAAUCCAGUCACAAUUGCGAGCUGUAUACAUGCCGGUGCAUGUUUAUUUUGGCACUGCGGGAUUCAUUGGUGUUAUCGCUUCGUGUCUCCUAGGACUUAACGAGAAGGCGAUAUUUGCUGUUUCAAAUUACUCCGACUUCCCACCGGAAGGAAUUCUUGUAAAUGUCAUUGGAGUAGUUCUCAUCGUCUUCGGCGGCCUUACAGUGUAUCUGUCAUCGCAGCAUCGAUAUAAACGUUUACCGAGGCCUGAAGAUGACAUCCUUCUGACUGGUGCAAGUGACUGAAAAAUGCAGUUAUCAUUGUCAACAACGCACUCAGCAUUUUACAAAAUGUAAUAUACUCGAUGUAAUAUUUUCAAUCCUCAAAGGUAAUGUGCGAAUUUUUAUCCGAAUUUAGUCGUGAGCUUCGAUCGUUUAAUUUUCACGUGCUUGUCAAAACGACUGCAAGCUUAUUUAAUUUCAAUUAUUCGAACCAACUUUAACAAUCUCAAUAUUUUGCUACGCUCUGUACAGCAAUAACCACAUAUCCCUUCCGGUUCACUGGUACGAUAAUAACAAAUCAGGUAUAUCUAUUUUUACUUGUAUCGUGAACAAUUUUUUAACAUAAUUUUUAACCAUUUCCAAAGUAUUUCAUGUUCUUGUCAAUCAUGAUGCUUCUAAGUAAUGAUAAGGUACCUGACUCUACUGACCAAUAUUCUACAUGAAAGUAUAAAUCUGUCUUCAAUUCUAUGUGUUUACGAUGAAAGUAUAGAAUACAUUGUGAAGAAUAAUGCACAAUAAUUUAUAUUAAUAACGUACUGGCGCACAAGUCUCGGUAAACGUGUGUACAUUCCUAACUAUGGUGCUAAAUGCAAUGAUAUGUAUACGCGAAGUACGAAUAUUUAAGGUUGUGAAUUUUCAUAUUGUUUUAAAAUAUAUAUCCCAUAUCGCUCUUAGCAAUUUUACGUUGCGUUAUCUUCGAGUUAAUGUCUCAGUGCAAAUAAAUAAUAUAUGUAUGUUAA